AUGUUCGUUGUAUCAAAGCCAACCACCAACUUCGGCAUGGGAUGCUUCGCAUCCGCUUCUUCCUGUCAGAGCGAAUACAACGGAAAAGUGAGUUUUCAAAAGAAUUAGUUGUUGAAGAAUUUCUGAAGUUACUAGACAUAAAUUGUGUCUGACUAUUUUAGCUUUCAUACAAUUCUAGAUUGAAAGUGAUGCCGUCGGUCAGAAGUCGAUCAUCGGACUAAAGGGAUCUCUCCGUCGUAACUCUUCCACACUGUCUCAAGACCUCAAUGCCCUUGAAAUCUGCCACGCCGACGCCACUCAGGUUCGUAUGUGAGCAGUUGUGCUGUGUGCAAACUUUGGCAUUUAAUUCGGAGGGUACAAAAAUUAGGGGGUACAACAGGGUACAAAUGGUUUUGGGGUACAACUUUCAUGGUUUUGGGGUACAAAAAGUCGAGGGUACAAAAUUUUCGAUUCUGGGGUACAAAAAUUUACCGAUUCAGUAGGCAUUGAUUAAGGGGUACAACUUUUAUGAUUUAAGGGUACAAAUUUCACGAUUUUGGGGUACAAAAGUUGCACGAAGCACAUUUUCGAAGUUUUCAUUCCAGUUUUGAAUUUUUGAGAGCUCACGAGACACAGUCGUGUGUAGCCAUGCUUUGUUUUAUGCAGUAUUUUGUGUAAUUUCGAGAAAAAAACUUUACUUGGGUAAAUUUCACACACAACAUCAGAUGCUGAAAUUCUGCUGUGAAAUUUCAGAAUUUAAAGGGGCCAAAACAGCAAAACAACUUGUAAGUAAUAUUAUAGGGGCACCGAAUAGAAAGGGCGUUCUGUUCGCAAUCUGGCCGAAUUUCUAGUCCGCGAAGUAAUUUUCCACUGAAGACGUGGCCUAACUUUUCAAACUCGGCCCCGAGCUCACUCAAUUUGCACUGCAAAAAAGUUUAUCAAUAGAGCGCCCUUUCUGUUCGGUGCCCCUAUAAUAACAAAGGGGUCGCCGUUUGAACCACUGUCUAUCGGAAGCAAAACGCUUCGAAGGGUCAUGAAAUCUCAUUUAAAAAACAUCUCUGAAACUGAUCAAGCGGUUCGGAGUACAAAACAUUCACGGAGUAAAAAAAUUUUGUGAAACAACUAAAAACAUUCACUGAAUUGAUGCCCAUGAAAAAAUGGGAAAAAAUUGUUGUACCCCAAAAUCGUGAAAUUUUGUACCCUUAAAUCAUAAAAGUUGUACCCCUUAAUCAAUGCCUACUGAAUCGGUAAAUUUUUGUACCCUAGAAUCGAAAAUUUUGUACCCUAGAAUCGAAAAUUUUGUACCCUCGACUUUUUGUACCCCAAAACAACUUGUACCCUGUUGUACCCCCUAAUUUUUGUACCCUCCGAAUUAAAUGCCGCAAACUUUUUGCCAAGUUUCCCUUCUCCCAUUUCUUCUCUUUGUCUUCUUCGCCAAUGAUAACCUUUGUAGAUCGAAAUCAACUGCAACUCGAAUGCCGGCCAGGCCUUCUAUGUUCGCGUUGAGGUUCCGACCGGGGAGAUUGGAUUGAUUCACUUCUCGCCUGCCGAGACUUCUCAGGUUUUCACUCCAAUGCUGACUGGAUGUGGCCAUGGAAUCUGGAAAUUCGUUGUAUGCACUAUGGAGAAUGGAAGGUAGGACUAAAAGAAUAAAUAUCUGAUAAGAGGGGAAAAAAUCGAGAGUAGGAACUAGUUAUCAGUUCGAUUGUUCAAACAAAAGAAAGGAAAUGUUCUAUUUUUAGAAGUUGCAGUCUCCUAAAAAUGUAUUUUCGUCUUACAGACGAGACAUAGUCAGAUGACAACUUCCUGAAAUAUAUUUCGGAAAUGACCUCAAUAUUUCUUUUUCAUGUAACAUAACACUUUAAUUUCAGUGAGAUCGCCCACAGCCAAGUGUCACGAAACCUCGACGGAGUUGGAAUUCUCUUUUUCAACGUCUUCGAAGAUCUCGAAAUCCGUCUGACUCGCCAGGAGUUCCUUCACAUCAGUCACUGCCACACUCGCCGCCAUUAA